AUGUCGGAUAAAAAAAUCGCCAAAAGAGCUGGACAACUUACUAGCGAUGAAACAGCAAAACAAAUUGCACAAGCUCUUUAUGAUUUAGAGUCCACAGUUGUAGAUUUAAAAAAAGAUUUAAAACCUUUACAAAUCACUGAUGCCAAAGAGUAUGAAUUAGGCGAAGGCAAAAAAGCUAUUGUGGUUUUUGUUCCAGUUCCGCUUUUAAAACAAUUUCAUAAAAUUCAACAAAGGCUCACACGUGAAUUGGAAAAAAAAUUUUCAGAUAGACAUAUUGUAUUUAUUGCGGAUAGAAGGAUUCUACCUAAACCAGGUCAUAAAUCUCGCGUUAAGCAAUUGCGCCCUCGAUCACGUACUCUUACCUCAGUACAUGAAAAAUAUUUGGAAGACUUGGUAUAUCCUACAGAAAUUGUAGGGAAGAGAACACGUAUUAAUAAAGAUGGCAGCAAAAUCAUUAAAGUAUUCUUAGAUAGCAAAGAUGCGGCAUCAUUGGAGUAUAAAAUUGACACUUUUAAAGCUGUCUACAAAAAUCUUACUAGCAAAGAUGUCGAAUUCCAGGCAUGGACUCCAGCAGCCACCGAAACUCUAUGGUCAGAACCAAAUUUUAAAACACUUGACUCUCUUCACUCAUUUUUACACGUGGUUGGAAAUUCAAAAGAAUGUGCAUUAAGAGUUCGUGUCCUUAACUUAUGUGCACCCGAUGAAAACAAUGUCAGUUCUUUUGUACCAGUUUUACGAUCUGCUCGACCAGAACAUCAAAUAAUGUCUGCAUAUUUUUUAUCAAAACCAAAUUUCAUAAUAAAAAUUGCCAUGUUAUGUGAAAAUAUACAAAGAAUUAAAAUUUAUGGUUGGAAUUUAUAUGACAAUCACAUACAAUCAUUAUAUCAAUAUUGUUCAGAUCUCAAGGAAAUUCUGAUAAUUGGAAAUAAAAAACUUACUCAUAUGGCAUUUUUUCCAUUAAUGAAUUGUAUUCACGUGCUGGACUUGGAUGGCAUCUUUGACCUUGCAGAUAAUUUUGCAAUGGCAUUGGCAAAUAAAUGUCCUGACGUUACUUCACUCAAGCUUUCCACUAAAGUAAUGACUGAAAAGGGGUUUGAUGUAUUGGCUAACAAAUUGACAAGGCUCAACAAUUUAAUUUUACAAAAUUGUCUCCAUCUCACUGAUCAAAAUAUUCAACAUUUUGCACAACAAAAUUCUAAAUUAAAAAAUUUUCAAUUAUUAGGUAAAAGUCUCACUACUAAAUCAUUCAAAGUGGUCAUGGAUCAUUUGAAAGAAUUAGAAUAUUUUGAUUUUAGGUGCCUACAAAAAAUAAGUUGCUUAUCUACUGAGAUACAAUGGUUAAAACCACUUUGUCAGAAUCUACAAGUAAUUAUACUUGAAAAUUUACCAAUUGACGAUAAUACUAUUACAAUCAUCACAAUACAUUGCAAACAAAUAGUAAAGUUUGCAAUUUCAAAUUGUCCAUAUGUCACAGACAAUUCAAUUAAUAGCAUUGCAGAAAAUGAAAAAAAACUUUCAAUAAUCGACUUGCAUUAUUGUCAUAACAUUACAGACAUUUCUCUCAAAUACCUAGGUUGUAGAUCUAGUGCUUCACUUACUCGUGUUAUUAUAGAGUCAUGUGGUUUCUUUGUUCCAGAAACCAUUCAAUGGUUUGUUAAAGUUGUUCCAAAACUUGAAAAAAUAGUUUUUAACGGAACACCUUCAAUUACAAAUUCUUUUAUUUAUCAAUUUGCCACUGAAAAGCUCAAUGGAAAUUAUUAUUUGAUGGAUCAUACAAAAUGUACAAUUGAAAAAGAAAAUAUAAAAAAAUUGGCACAAUUUCAAAAUAUGCCUAAUAUUUUUCAAGAAGAUAAAAUUAAUGAAUUGGCAAUAGAAUUAGGUUUUCCUGCUGAUGUCAUUGAUAAUGCUAUUAGAAAAGUUUUUGGAAAUGAACAACAACAAAGUAUUUCUCAAGGAAAUAAUAUUUCAAACCAAAUUUCAAAUAGAAAUGAUGACAGUGUAAGAAGCAUCAUAAAUCCUGAUGAUCAACUAGACAUUUCAUUACCUCAAAAAGACUAUAGUAAUCAAGGCUCAAUAUUUAAUGAAUUUCAGGAUGAUUAUUUACAAAAUAUAUCAACUACAAAAACUACAGCAAUUUCUGAAAGUUCUUCUUCUUCAAUUGCUCAUUCUGGUGAAUGGAAUUCCGUAAAUGAAAAAAAAACUGAAAGCUUUUUGUUGUCUAAUAAUAUAAUUUUACCUGUUCCUAACCAUAGUUCACAAAUGGAAUCCCUAUGUGAUGAUUUAGAUUCUAAAGAUGAAUCUAAUAACACAGCGAAUAAUAAUAACACAUUUGUUGAAAAUAAUUUUAAUAAUUAUGAUGCUCAGAAAAUUUUACCAGUAGAAGAGGAGCCAUUAGUUCAAGUUGAGCCAAUAGAGUUUGAGUUUGAAUCACCAUCAAGUAGUAAUGUUGAUAAUUCUAAUGUAAUAAAUGAGGAGAGUCUCGAGCAAACAGAUUUAAAAUCACAAGAAAAUGAAUUGAAAGAAUCUAUAACUUCAAAAAACUGUGAUGAGAACAUUUCAGACGAUGAGAUCGAAUUUAUACAACAAAAAUCCAACAAUAUAGGUAAAGAAGUUUCACAUAUCUCCUUCCACUCCGAAAACACCUUAUCACAAAUAAAUUUCAAGGAGGAGGGUGUUAAUUCGGUGGCUGAGAAUACUAAUUUUUCACAGUUGAAUAAAUGGAUUUUAACUUCUACAAUUACGACACUGGUCAAGACAGAUCAAUCUUCAAGUAAUAUGGAAUCGACAAGUAGUAAUGAUACAAAUAAAUCAAAUCCACAAAGUGAGAAAAAUUAUCUUUCCUUUUUGGGAAAGAAAUUUUUAAUGGUACCGAAUGAAGAAUGGCCUACUUUAGCUGAAGCUGUAAAAAUCAGUGAUAACAAAAAAUACUCUGGCACUUCAUCCUCAAAUAUAACAUCUCCUUGGAAUGGCACUAAAAAAUGGACCACAGAUAAAAAAAUCGAUACUCCUGAAGCCAAACAUGGUAAUUCUUGGAAUCCCAGCAAGCUGAAUCGAUCGACAUUGAUUCCUAUACAGAAACCGAAAGAUCCUAUCAACUUUAAGAAGAAAAAGAUACCGUAUAAUAAUUUUGACAUAGACGAUAAUAAGGGAUGGGGGCCACCACCACCGAUUCGUGGAAUUUUAUGGAAUGAUUCCGACCAGAUUAGUGGUGUUAAUUUGCUCAAAGAAGAAAACAACACAACGUAUUCUACUCAAAAAAAUAAUGCUACUAAAAACAAAUUAAAAGGAGUUCAGGAACAAAAUAAAGCUGGGAUUUCCCAAUUUGGAAUAAAUCAUUUGGAAAAUAAAGGUAAUUCGAACUAUGAUGGUAGAUCAAUAAAGGAUUACGUGUCAUCAAAUAAUGAUGGUCAUUUUUCAUUAGUUGAAUUAAAAGAUCACUUUGACAAUAUUGAGCAAAUAUGGAAUUUAAAUAGGAUGGAUGAACAAAAAAGCACGGAAGAUAUUCUUUCCCACUUAUUGGAUUUCGAAGGUCUAUAUAAAGAAUCAUUUUUAAACAAAGAGCAAGUGGCCUUGCAGGUAAUGGUGCUUGUUGAAAUUGUGGCAGUAUAA